AUUAACGUGUCCACAGGUAGCUCUUAAAACAACAAUCAUGAAGUGCAUCGUAGCUGUAGUCAUGUUGGCCCUCGCCGUUGUUGCUGAAGGUUCCUACAUUCCUUCGAUUUAUGCUCAUCAUGCUGCCCCAGUGGUGACUUACGCCGCCCACCAUUUGAUCAACCCCACCGUGGUUCAGUCCAAUGAUCAUCACAGCUGGGCCCAUGCUGCCGCCGUGCAUCAUGCUCCAAUUGUAACGUACAACCAUUGGGAUGCCCAUCAUGUUCCAGCCGUCGUUGCUGUCGACAAUCACCAUGGUCACUGGGAUAACCAUCACCAUCAUGCCGCCUCGGUGGUCGUUGCUCCUGUUGAGCACUCUGCUACUUAUGUUGCUGCUAACCGUGGUGCUGUUCACAAGGCUCCACUAGCCGGGCAUGCUGUUAACCAGAAGUCUCUGAACUUGGCACCAGCUCCAGGAACUUUGUAA